AUGACAGGAGCCACACUGCAGAGAAACCUUGUGCAUGAGCAUUGUGGCAACGCCUUCAACAACCUCAUUGUAGCAGUGUAUCUGGUGAUCAAUCUUCCAGGUGUCAGUGGAUUCAUCAGAUGGUUGAUCCUCAUGGUGCAGUCGGGGCUACAGGUUCCAGUUGUUGGGUCCAGUGUGGUCCUAAAAGAUGAGAAUGAGCCAGUAAAAUUUGAGGAUGUGGCAGUGAACUUCACCUCAGAAGAGUGGGCUGUGUUGGAUUCUAGUCAAAAGAAGCUCUACAGAGAUGUGAUGAAGGAAACAUUUUUGAACCUGAUCUCCAUAGAAAAUGCACUAGAAGAAAAUAUUGAAGAGGACUCUAAAGAUGUCAGCAGGAAUAUGGGAUUUCAGGGAAUAGAGAAUGACCGUGGAUAUGAAUGUCAUAUCGAGUGCAAUAAAAACCAGCAAUCUAUUCCAGACAGUAUGAUCAAUAAAGACAUGCCUUCCAGAUUAAGAGCUCAUGAGACUCCAUUGCAUUUAAGAAACAUUAUUGGUCAUUUAUCCUUACAUGUGUAUCUCAGAGAAAAAACUACAGGGAAACCACCCCUGUAUAAGGGAGCUGUGGCAAAAGCUUUUACACAUCAGAAACAUUGGAAAGAUACCAGUUAUUCUGAAUCACUUCAGAUACUUGAAACUUCUCCUAAAGAGAAUCCCUGUAAAAAUCAACAAUGUAAUGAAGCCUGUAGGAGUCUCUGUUUUGAUCAGCCUCAGGAGAGAACUCAUACUGUAGAUAAACUCAAUGAGAAUGUCUUAAUGAGAUACACACAGGGCCACAAUGAUGAAGUGAAACAAUUUGUAUGUAGUCUCUGUGAAGAAUCUGUCAUUGAUUGCAGUGACCUUACCAACCACGAAAAAAGUCAUAUUGAAGAGAAAAGGUACAUUUGUAGUCAAUGUGGCAAAACAUUUAAAUAUGUAACAUGUUUUGAGAAAGAUAAAGCAAAUCACACCGGAGAGAAGCCAGAUGCUUCUAUACAUUAUGGAAAAGCCUUCACCGAAUCCAGUCAUCAUAACAGUCAUGAAAGCAUUGGACAAAAGCAUUAUGCCUGCAAGCAUUGUGGAAAAAAUUUUACCAGUAAUUUUUAUCGAAACAUUCAUGAAAGAAUUCCCACUGGAGAGAAGCCUUAUACAUGUGAGCAUUGUGGAAGUGCAUUCACCAAUUCUGGUAGUCAUGACAGACAUGACAGGGGCCACACUGCAGAGAAACCUUAUACCUGCAAGCAUUGUGGAAAAGCCUUUUCUUCUUCCAGUAAUCUGAAUAUGCAUAAAAUAAUUCACACUGGAAAAAAGCCUUAUGCAUGUAAGCAUUGUGGAAAAGCCUUCAACCAUCCCGGUCUUCGUAACAGACAUGAAAGGAGCCACACUGCAGAGAAACCUUAUGCCUGUAAACAUUGUGGAAAAACCUUCACCCGUUCUUGUCAUCGAAACGAUCAUGAAAGAAUUCACAGUGCAGAGAAACCUUAUGCUUGUAAACACUGUGGAAAAAAAUUCACUCGUUCUUCUCAUCGAAAGAUUCAUGAAAGAAUUCACACUGGAGAGAAACCUUAUGAAUGUAAACAUUGUGGAAAAAACUUUUCUAGUUCUUCUUAUCGAAACAUUCAUGAAAGAAUCCACACUGGAGAGAAACCUUAUGCAUGUAAGCAUUGUGGAAAAUCAUUCACCAAUUCCAGUAGUCAUGACAGACAUGAAAGGAGACACACUGCAGAGAAACCUUAUGCGUGAGCAUUGUAAAAAGCCUUCAACAAAUCCAGUGGGUGUGACAGACAUGAAAGAAGCCACACAACAGAGAAGUAGAAGACUUAUACAUGCAAACAUUGUGGAAAAACCUUUUUCUGGCUUUGUCAU